AUGGCCGACGCCGCCAACGACAUUGACCUUGAUUCGGUCAUCGACCGACUUCUCGAGGUACGCGGAAACCGCCCCGGCAAGGCUGUCCAGCUCCAGGAGUACGAGAUCAAGCACCUUUGCACGAAGGCUCGCGAGAUCUUUAUCAGCCAGCCUAUCCUUCUCGAGCUUGAGGCGCCCAUCAAGAUUUGCGUCAUUCGUGCUUUGGAAACUGACCUUUCAGGUGACAUCCACGGCCAGUACUACGACCUCCUCCGCCUGUUCGAGUACGGCGGCUUCCCCCCAGAAGCCAACUACCUCUUCCUGGGUGACUACGUCGACCGUGGAAAGCAGUCGCUCGAGACCAUCUGUCUCCUCCUCGCGUACAAGAUCAAGUACCCCGAGAACUUCUUCAUUCUCCGUGGUAACCACGAGUGCGCGUCCAUCAACCGUAUCUAUGGAUUCUACGACGAGUGCAAGCGCCGCUAUAACAUCAAGCUCUGGAAGACGUUCACCGACUGCUUCAACUGUCUCCCCAUCGCCGCCAUCAUUGACGAGAAGAUCUUCUGCAUGCACGGUGGCCUCAGCCCAGACCUCCAGAGCAUGGAGCAGAUCAGGCGAGUGAUGCGCCCCACCGACGUCCCCGACACUGGUCUCCUCUGCGACCUUCUCUGGUCCGACCCGGACAAGGACAUCACUGGAUGGAGCGAGAACGACCGAGGAGUGUCAUUCACGUUUGGCCCCGACGUUGUGUCGAGAUUCCUGCAGAAGCACGACAUGGACCUCAUCUGUCGUGCGCACCAAGUCGUCGAGGACGGAUACGAGUUCUUCGCCAAGAGGCAACUCGUCACCCUCUUCUCUGCCCCUAAUUACUGUGGCGAGUUUGACAAUGCCGGCGCCAUGAUGUCGGUCGACGACACCCUGCUGUGCUCGUUCCAGCCCGCGGAGAAGAAGGCGCCCAAGUACGGCUACGGCGGUGGACGGCGUCAGUAA